GGGAAACUACUUUCAAAUCCCAUUUUUGGAGGUUGGGGGAACCUUUAUAAGGAGGUGAUUUUGUCACAGAAGUCUAAAGAGACAACUUUAUACAAAGAGGACUACAUUACGAGGUAAAAGAGUGUCAAGACGACGGUUGAAAAAUGCGGAUUCAAGGAAUCCUGUACACUUUGAUGCUUGCUCUUCUUCAUAUUUCCGGAAAUGCCUCCAUGAAAUUUAACUUACUAUUCACUCGAGCGAAAACUAAGGCGCAGAACCGGGAAGGUGAUGUGAGGCUGGCGGGCUCUCCGUCCCUCUCAGAGGGGCGCGUGGAGAUCUACCAUGAUGGGAAAUGGGGGACAGUGUGUGAUGACAGCUGGGACCUGGCUGAGGCGCAGGUGGUGUGUCGACAGCUGGGCUUCCCCGCAGCGAAAUCUACGGCAGCUGGAGGGGCUUAUGGAGAAGGGUCGGGACCCAUUUGGCUUGACGACAUGAACUGUGAAGGAACAGAGAACUUCCUGUCCAGUUGUACUUUCAAGGGCUGGGCAAUUACUGACUGCACACAUAAGGAGGAUGUUGGAAUUGUUUGCAAAACAGGCCUGGAGAUGACCCUCAAUGUUAGUAAACACUCGCUAGACCACAGUCUGGGUUUGUCCGAGGAACUUGGCCAACUGUUUGAUAGCAGAGACAGUUGUGACUUUGUUAUCCGGGUCCAGACCCCCACUGGAAACAUACAGUAUGACGGGACUGAGGAGAUGGAGGGAACUACACUGUGCACGCACAAAAUGAUCCUCUCACGAUUCCCACAUUUCAACACCUCAGUGGAGACUGAUAGCAUAUCUGUAACUGUCAGUCAAACUUGCCAACCAGUUUUUUCCUCCUUCAUCAGGUACAUCUAUACUCGCAAGGUGGAUGUUACCGUCUCCUCUGCUCGAUGCCUGCACCAAUUUGCAUCUGACUUUGGGGUGAAGCAGUUGAUGGAGGACACGGGACGUCUCUUCACCAAGCUCCUUCCAGAUGAUGUCACCUUCCACACACAGGUCUCCCUCUAUAAAUACGCCAUGGAAACUGGAGAUCUGCUCCUGCAGGAGAACAGUCUCCAGUAUCUAGCCUGGAACUACCAAAACCUGACCGGAUCCCCCGCUUGGAGCCAUCUCCCCAUGGGGCUCCUGAAAACCCUCCUGUCUCGUUCAGACCUGGUGGUGCCUGAUGAGUCCUUCCUCCUGCUGUCCUUGGAGAGCUGGAUCACUGAGAAGGGCAACUCCACCAGUUUAGAAAAUCAGGCUGACCUGUUGGGCCACAUCCGUUUCCCUAUGAUCCCUGCCGAGAAGCUCUAUGAUUUAGAGUUCACCUCCACCCUCUACAAGACCCAUGAAAGUCUGUAUCACAAAAAAAUCCUGAAAGGAUUCCAGUUUAAUGUUGUGCUCAACAGCGUUAUGAACAAAUCCACCUUGAUAGAAGACGAUUAUCAACCCAGGAUCUAUACAGGUGAGCUGUGGAGCACUGCUUUUGAUUCAGUCAACAUAGACAAAACCCAGAGAAAUCUGCCCCAGAGCGAGCCAACUCCCUCAACUAGAUAUAAUCAAUACGACUACUAUUAUUACCGUCAACAUGGCUAUAUGAUGUAUAGCACUGUAAGUCCGUACCAGAGAAGCAGGACAACAAAGUCAUUCAGCACACCUGUCCACAAUAGCAUGAUCUUCCAGGAAAACAAGAUCCACUGGGAGGCAGAUGUCUUUGCUAGCCAACGGGACUGUUCAAACAGAGGUAUCACUUGUGAGUCACUCCCUGCUGCGAGGUUGACCGCCCAGAAUAGCCUCAGCAAGUACCAGGGCAGAGUUCACUUCAGUAACCGGCUGCUGCUGAUUUGCGAGGGCAAGUUCAUUUGUCAGGUUCAGGACUUUAAGAAUGACUUGGCUCACAUCUCGUCUGACAGUCUGUCCUAUCCUUGUCCCAAUGACCAGUUCACCUACCUUUUUGUGGUAAGGCCGACGUAUAGUUGACCAAACAGCAUCGACUGAAUGCUGCAAAGCUACCAACAUGCAGCUUGCAUAAGCCUUCUAUGAAAUUACUUUUGUUAUCAUCUGAUAAAAUCUAAUUUGGAUUCUUAAAGCAUAUUUUUAUAACCCUCUUUUUCCUACAGAGCAACAAAAUAUUAGUUAACGACACUAGCUUUUUUUUCCAGCUAAACUUGCCUGGCAAUUUUACUAAGGUAUUCUGUUUCUCAAAGUUAUAUCUGCUACAUCAGCCAAAAUAGAUGCUGUCAUGCAGUUAGGAGGGAAAGGCUUAGGCGUAGAAAUUGAAUGAAUAGAAUGGGCAUUUCCAUUCAAAUCAACAUAGCAGGAUAGUCAAGAGCGGCGGCCAUUUUUAUUUGAACCGCUGCCAUUGCAAACCGUUGUAGCGGGUUAACUUCCAUAUUAACUUCCAAAUAAACCACAACACCACAAUCCAGAGAGUCUUUGUCAAACAGAAACUCAAUCUUACAAUAUUUCUCCAAAGAUGAAGCUGAAAAAUUGAGAGCAAAAUUCUUGAAAAGUUUCCAAUUGCACCAGAAGUAAAGUAAGUGCACUUUAAAAUUCUCAAUGGAAUAUAUCCUGGAGAAUUUUUAAGACGUCAAUUUGGUUUAGACCUGAACAACUGCUCAUUUUGCAGUGAACACACUGAAACAACAGAACAUGUGUUUUAUGAAUGUCAGUUCGCUGGUGCCUUUUGAGACGAUCUGCAUUACUGGUGUUUUCCUAAAUUUGACAAUUUCUCUGAGCUAAAAAGAGGAUGUGAUUUUUGGUAUGCUUGUGAAAGAGGGAACACAUGAUACAUGAUUUGGCAAUUAACACAAUUAUUAUUCUUGCAAAAUUCUUUUUACAUAAGAACAGAUUCAUGACAACGCAGUCAAACUUCUGCAUGUUUCAUUGGGAACUGUAUCAUUAUUUCUCAUCACGGAGGUCAAUGGAGAAGAACAAUGCUAUGGAACUCCUAGGACUCCCCUCCCUUUCAUUUAUGUAUUUAAUUUUCUUUACUUUUAUUUCCCCCCUCUUUCUUUUGUUUUAUGUUUGUUGUAUGUAGAAUUUAAAUGUCUCAAUAAUAAAAAAAAAAAGUUCAUUUAAACUGACUCGCGGCAAGUCGUGGACUCACCGAGAUGAGGUUUUACAGUAACGACCAAACAAGCAGUGGAGUGGUGCGCACAUUUACGGCCCCAGUGACGUGUGUUCUCACCGUAACAACUAAAAACAACUGCCGUUUCCUUCUUCAGGCCUACUCAAAUGACCACGGAAAGUGUCCUACUCUCUUUCAAUUUGGGCGUAUUCAACGUACCUAUUGUAAAGAAGAAAAGUAUGAUUCAAAAAGCUUUUAUAUAACAUUUUGACAAUCAUGGCCUGGCGGCCUGUCCAGGAUGUCUCCCCGCCUGCCGCCCAAUGGCUGCUGGGAUAGGCUCGAGCAUCCCCGCGACCCCGAGAGCAGGAUAAGCGGUUCAGAUAAUGGACGGACUAAUUGAAUUAGAAGUAUAGUUAUGCAUUAGUUUAACUCUAUUCACUGUGUGGCUGUGUCAGUUUAAUGAUGUUGAAAUUGUUGUUCUUUUUGGCAUGUUUCUUAGGAAAUGAACUAUGGAAACUUUGAGCUGUAAACAAAUAAAAUACUUUCAAUGUUACAGAAA